AUACUAUUGCAGCACAGCGUGGUAGGGGGCUCUACCGAGUACCGCGAUGACCGUGGUUGUUUCAAACCUUUUUUUUUAAUUAUAUUGAAGAUUAUCCUGUAAUUGCGAAUGCUCGUAUUUUAUACGAUUUAGAAGUUUUCUUAACUAUAUUCUUCAGCUGUUUUAUAUCAAGAUGGAAUCUAGAACAGAAUUUAAGAUAAAAUCACCGCCGACCGAUGCAAUCUCCGCAGUCGAAUUUGGACCAAACUCCACUCAGUUCCUAUUAGUAUCAUCAUGGGACAGUACAGUAAGACUGUACGAUAUACACGCCAACACAAUGAGAUUGAAAUAUAAUCACGAUUUACCAGUAUUGGACGUCGCGUUUCAGGACGCUGUUCAUGCAUAUAGCGGUGGUCUAGGAAAUACUCUGAAAAUGUAUGACAUAAAUAGCAAUACUGAAUCAAUAAUGGGUACACACGAGAAGCCAAUCAGGAAAAUAGAAUAUUGUGCAGCUGUGAAUGCAAUACUUACGGGUGGUUGGGACGCCACGGUAAAACUAUGGGAUCCACGAACACCUACUUGCGUCGGUAGUUAUUUACAACCCGAUGUAGUCCUUGCCUUGUCUGUCUGUGGUGACAAAUUUGUGGUGGGCACAGCAAAACGGAAAGUUUGCAUUUGGGAUUUGAGGAACAUGGCAGGCAUGUUUCAGAGACGAGAAAGUAGUUUGAAGUAUCAAACGCGUUGCAUCAAAGGUUUCCCUAAUGAACAGGGAUAUGUAUUGAGUAGCAUAGAGGGCCGAGUCGCCGUUGAGUAUCUCGAUACAAUGCCAGAAGCCCAAAAGAAGAAGUAUGCGUUCAAGUGCCACAGAAUAAAAGAAAAUAAUGUCGAGCAUAUUUACCCAGUGAACGCUAUUAGUUUCCAUUCUGCAUACAACACGUUCGCUACUGGUGGCUCAGAUGGUUAUGUAAAUAUCUGGGAUGGUUUUAACAAGAAACGGUUGUGCCAGUUUCAUCGAUACAAUGCUGGUGUGGCUGCGCUUAGUUUUAGCCAUGACGGUUCUGUUCUCGCCAUAGGCGUUUCGUAUCUCAACGAAGCUGAGAUUCCACCGGGUGGUAGUGACGAACGAGAAAUUUAUAUAAGAUACGUUAACGAUCAAGAGACCAAGCCGAAGUAAAUAGUAAGUUUAUACAAAAUACAGGAUAGCGAUGAAAAAAAUGUGUGACUGGAGAAACUCGUGAACUGCAUUGAAGAAAUACACAGAAGAAUGAAUGGCAGUAGAAAUGACAUUCUGUGAAUAAUUGUAAAUAUUCUGACUGCGUUAAUUUAUAUGCAUUUCAUGAAAAUAACACGUGUGUCAACUCAUAAAUUCAAUCAAUUGUACGUUUUAUAAAAAUAUUAUCUUCCAAUUUUCAAAAAAUAAAUCUAAUUUAUACAA